AUGUCUUGGGAUAGCGUAUCCUCCAGAGAAUUUCUUGGGGGUCCUCCAAGUCACCAACUGUCUGCCACACAUCUACUGGCGUCCCCGGAUGGCUCGAGACACCCACUGGAUACGCCCAAUAUAGGUAGUUCAGAUUUUAGGAACAGGAGCUGUUUCGGGAAUAGUGGAGGGUCGUCUAUCUGGUCAUGCUUUGUCGCCUGUCAUAGGGGACUGAGGCAGAGUCUGGCUAGGAGGAAGAUUUCGCAAGGAUUAAAAUUGUACAGUGAGCACCGAGAGGCGGCUGCCGUGCGAGUAUGGAGAUCAGCUCUCAAAAAUAUCAGGAGACGUGACGACAGAUUUAUGCUACUAGGUUAUUUAUAUAGGGCACAUGCCGAUUGGGGAAAAUACAGAGAAUCGCUGGAAUAUGCUCAUAGACAACUAAGUAUAUCAGAAGAAUUAGAUUCGCCUUGGAUGCGCGCGGAAGCUUACAUCAAUUUGGCGACUGCACACGAGAGGAUGGGGGCCCUAGAAAGGGCCCUGAGUUACGCUCGCCACGCUCUAUAUAACGAUUCGGAACGUGUCGAAGGUGCAGUCCAGCUGACGGUGGCGCGGGUAUAUUUAGAAAUGGGUGGAUAUUCCAGGUCGCUAGAAGGACUGCAUGGAGCUCUUAAAUUAGCCCAAGCCACCAGAGAUCACGCAUUGGAAUUACAGGUAUACGUAGGAUUUUCUGAAUUAUUCGGAAGGUUACAGGACGUUGACAAAAGUGCCACUUAUGCAGCAAAAGCUUACGAUCUGUCCAGAUCUUUGCAGUUGGGAGAUUUAAAUUCACGCGACCAUAGAGCUGCGCUUAUCCAAAUGGCAUCAGCCUUGAGAAAACAAGGUGACUUGGGAGACGCCCAGGAUUAUUGCUCGGAAGCAAUACGAUUAUCUAUUGUAUCAGGAGACCAAGCGACUUAUACGCGAGCGUUAGGUGUCAUGGGUGAUAUAUACCGAAAGAAACAAGAUAUCGGUCGAGCAUUUCGUCAAUACGAACAAGCGAUGGGUGCUUCGGCAGCCGUAGGGGACAGACUUGCGCAAAUGCAAGCCAUGGACGGAGCGGCCAGAUGUCUAGAAGCCCUUAGAUUGCAAAAUAAAAUAUGUAACUGCCGUCCGCUAGAAUUCAACACGAGGUUACUGGAAGUUGCAAGUUCGGUUGGAGCAAAGUUGUUGGUGCGUACGGUAAGGACGAGACUGUCGCAGAUCUACACGAGCCUCGGAGAUUCAGACAAAGCUUUAGAACAUGAAAGAGCAGCCAGCGAAUUGAGAAUAGAUUGUCCAGGAUGUGGAGAAGAUAUGGGCUUGGAACCAGAACCAUUGGAAGCUCUGCCUUGUGCUCACAUACUGCACGCAAGGUGUGCUCAUGACAUUCUAAGGAGGCGUGACAAAAGAAGAACUCGCGCUUGUCCUGCUUGCAACAAAAAUCUAGGAUCUCGACUUCAACUCUGUCAAGACGAAAUCUUCUCAAUCGGAGCAUCUCCUCCUGUGGUAAUGAGUCCACCACUUAUAACUUCUGCAAACAGGUCCAGACUUUCCCUCAAUGCAGAUACUUUGAGUUUAAGAGCCUCUAGUUUAACAAUGAACAGCGACUGCCAAGCUACUUCCUCAGUUUAA